UGCUCCAAAUUUUAUGUUUUUAAAACCCCCGUCAUGUAAUGCACAGGACGUGACCCCGAAAUGCCCCCAAAUGGAAGUGAGCAAAAACGUCUCGCAAUCAACAGGAAGUGACAGCCUGGUUAUCAUCUGAAGCGGAAGUGACGUCAGAGCGGCUACGCUAAUGGCGACCAUGCUGCUUGUUAAAGGUCCACAGUUCAUCAAGAGUUGAACUUUAGAGCUGGUCGAAAGCACUGAAAGACGGGUGGAACUCUCCGGAGACACUUUAGAAAUUGACUUCAAUUCGACGUUGAAACAAAGCGUGCUUUUUCCCCCAGUUGGGCUAGCUUAGCAAGCCGAGUUCCACUGAGUUUCCAUUGAACUACUGCUCGUCGUGGUCCGGGGCAAACAUGAGCAGAGCAGACGCGACGAGCAGCGACGAAGCAGACUCUGAUUCGGAAAACCACUCGAUUGUGUCGACCGAUGACGAGCGAGGAGAAGGAUCGGCCGAGCACCGGGACCGAGGGGAGCAACAAGACGACGACCAGGCUUGGACGAGCGAAGACGUCCAAAAAGAGUUGUCGUUUGAGGACGUUCUAAAACUACGAAGCCGCGUGGGCACCAAAGCUUACGACCGAGCCGCCGGCGGGGGUGACUCCCGCCGCCCGCGCCCUACCGACCUGUGCAAGCGCCUCAACAAGAACAGGCCCUCGGAGGUCUCCUCCAAGAAACGGGCGCCCUUCCUCCGCCAGGUGGUCGCCGUCAAAAAGACUACGCUGAGAGAUCCUCGCUUUGACGACCUGUCAGGGGAGUACAAGGCGGAGAUCUUCGACAAGACCUACCGCUUCAUCGACGACAUCAGACGGCGAGAGGCGCAGGCGCUCCAAAAGCAGCUGAAGAAAACCAAGAAUGCCGACCGGAAAGAGAAGCUCGGCUCCCUCCUCAAGAAGAUGGCCAAUCGGGAGCGAGCGCGCCAGCAGCAGGAGGAGCGACGGACCAGAGAGCUCCAAUUCAAGAAGGAGCAAAGAGAACGAGCCGAUCGGGGCGCUCGACCCUUCUUCCUAAAGAAAUCUGAGCAGAAGAAAGCGGCCCUGGCGGCGAGGUUCACUCAGUUGAAGAAGAGCGGCAAGUUGGACGCCUUCCUCGGCAAGAAGAGGAAGCGCAAUGCCGGCAAAGAUCGGAGGAAGCUGCCGCCGCUGCACGGGCGCGCCACCGCUUCUUCGUGACUUUUUUUUUUUUUUGCCUUUGUUUGAAAAAUGAAAAUCUCAAAAGCAGUCCACUUUGUCAUUUUUAUUAUUUCAGCAAGAAGCGGGGCCCUGUGACACACAGCGGCUUCCCGUACAAAGUCCACGCAGAAGGGCGACAGCUGUAAACUUGUUCCACAAGUAUUUCAACAUCAAAAUUCAAUCGCAAACAAAGACGGGAAUCGAUAUUCUCCCUUGAUUAUCGGCGAGUUUGGAAUUUUUUGCAAUUGAAGAUUCACGCUGAAAAAAAUCAUUAUUCUUCCAGCCUUGAAAUUUGAUUCUGAAUUCAAAGUGUCAUAGCAGAUUUGCUUCCACAGAAGGCGGCCAGGCGUCUCUUGAUGCACACCAUUUUGACCAAAAAGGCCCUGCCCUGCAAAAUCAUGUGAUGAGUUUUAACUAGGGCUGUCAAAAUAAUCGCGUUAACGGGCGGUAAUUAAUUUUUUAAAUUAAUCACGUUAAAAUAUUUGACGCAAUUAAUGCACAUGCCCCGCUCAAACAGAUUAAAAUGACAGCACAGUGCAAUGCCAACUUGUUGUGUUUUUUGGAGUUUUGUCGCGCUCUGCUGGCGCUUGGGUGCGACUGAUUUUAUGGGCUUAAGCACCCAUGAGCAUUGUGUAAUUAUUGACAUUGACAAUGGCGGGCUACUAGUUUAUUUUUUGAUUGAAAAUUUUACAAAUUUUAUUAAAACGAAAACAUUAAGAGGGGUUUUAAUAUAAAAUUUCUAAAACUUGUACUAACAUUUAUCUUUUAAGAACUACAAGUCUUUCUAUUCACGGAUCGCUUUAAGACCGUGCUUCUCAAUUAUUUUCUGUUAUGCCCCCCCCCCCCCCCCCCCCAGGAAGACGUAAACGUUCCGUGCCCCCCAACUCCUGCCGCCACCAUAAAUAUACUGUAGAAUCAUUUGUAUAUAACAUUCUUAUUGUUAUAAGUACACCUCUGCAUAACAUUGUGUUCUUUUUAAUAUUAAAGAAAAACAAAUAUAGAUCAAUUUACAAAAUUAAAAUUAAAAAAAAACAUCAGUACUGUAAAAUUACACUCAAGAUUGAUUUUUUUGACCGUUUGAUACUAAAAAAUAAAAUCAAUAAAUAAUAAUAAAUUUAAAUUGAUUAGCAUAUUAACUCACGAGGACAAUAUGCCAAACAAUUAGACCGGAAAAAUAAAAAUUAAUAGAAUAAAAACAACAGUUUGAUUGGACAGAGGAAGUUUUUUUUUUUACUGCAGGCAGUAUCAGCUCCUUUGCUAUGGUGUGGGGUUAUUUUGCACUGAGCAACGUGGUAUAUCAUCUAAAAAGAUGCUAAAAGUGCUAGCUGGUAUACUGAUGUCACACUGACAAAGCGAGAGGAUUGCUAGCGAUAUUCGGCACAUUUUCGCUGGAAAAAAUCAUUUCUGCUGUCCGCUGCGAACAUUUUUAGACAAAAUAAACAGACUGGGCUUUCCGCGUCCCCCACUGUACUAAAAGUCAAGGCCAAAUGCUACAUACGCUUCGUCAUAUUUCCUUGUCUUACCAUUUCAUAUGUUCAGUGCUCUUUGCUGUGUGCUCUUGUUUGGUUCAAAAAUAUUGCGCACACGCUAAAAAUGAGGGUGAAAACUUAGUGGAUGUGCAAUUACACUUUAUUUUAGUACGGCAAAAAGUAUGUUUCCCAAGGUCACAUGCGCCACCUCCAGCAUCGCUCUGCGCCCCCCUGGGGGGGCCCGCCCCACUAUUUGAGAAGUACUGCUUUAAGAGAAUGUUAAUAAUGUUAAUGCCAUCUUGUUGAUUUAUUGUUAUAAUAAACAAAUACAGUACUUAUGUACCGUAUGUUGAACGUAUAUAUCCAUCUUGUGUCUUAUCUUUUCAUUCCAACAAUAAUUUACAGAAAAAUAUGGCAUAUUUUAUAGAUGGUUUGAAUUGCGAUUAAUUUUUAAGCUGUACUUAACUCGAUCAAAAAUUUUAAUCGUUUGACAGCCCUAGUUUUAACACCGCAAAUACCACCACAAUGAGGCAGGCGGCGAUCAAUCAAUUAAAUAUUGUUUCAUUUUGUUGGUAGCAUCAAAUGAACAAGGAAAAAUGUUCCAAAACAAACAGGAUGUGACUUUGAAAUGCUCCUAAAUAAGCUUGAAUUGACUCUGAAAUGCUUUUAAAUCAACAGGAAGUGACCCAAAAAUGCUCCAAAAUAAAAAGUGACCUGUAGUACCUCGAGACCAACAGGAAUUGACUUUUGAAAUGCUUCUGAAUCAGCAGGAAGUGACUUUGAAAUGCUUCGAAAUCAACAGGAAGUGACCCUAAAAUGCUCUAAAAUGAAUAGGAAGUGAUGGAAAAUCGGCAGGAAAAGUCGUAAAAUGCCCCAAAAACUAAAAGGAAGUGAUGCUUAAAUGUCCCAAAAUAAACAGGAAGUGACCUGUAAAUGCCCCAAAAUAAACAGGAAGUAACCCUAAAGGCCCCAAAACCAACAGGAAGUGACCCAUAAGUACCCCGAGACCAACAGGAAGAGACUUUUGAAAUGCUUCGAAAUCAACAGGAAGUGACCCAAAAAUGCUCAAAUGAAUAGGAAGUGACUUGAAAUGUGCCUAAAUAAGUUGGAAGUGACUUGGAAAUGCUUCUAAAUCAACAGGAAGUGACCCAAAAAUGCUCCAAAAUAGAAAGUGACUUGUAAGUACCCCGAGACCAACAGGAAUUGACUUUUGAAAUGCUCCUGAGUCAACAGGAAGUGACCCAAAAAUGUUCCAAAAUGAAUAGGAAGUGACUUGGAAAUGUGCCUAAAUACGUUGGAAGUGACUUGGAAAUGCUUCUAAAUCAACAGGAAGUGACCCAAAAAUGCUCCAAAAUACAGUGACCCGUAAAUGCCCAGAGACCAACAGGAAGUGACCCAAAAGUACCCCGAGACCAACAAGAAGAGACUUUGAAAUGCUCCUAAAUCAGCAGGCAGUGACUGGGAAAUGCUGCAAAAUCAACAGGAAGUGACACAAAAAUGGCCCAAAAUGAAUAGGAUGUGACAGAAAAUCUACAGGAAGUGACCCAAAAAUGCUCCAAAAUAGAAAGUGACCUGUUGUACCCCGAGACCAACAGGAAUUGACUUUUGAAAUGCUCCUGAAUCAGCAGGAAGUGACUUGGAAAUACUUCUAAAUCAACAGGAAGUGACCCAAAAAUGCUCCAAAAUAAAGUCACCCAUAAAUGCCCAGAGACCAGCAGGAAGAGACUUUGAAAUGCUCCUGAAUCAGCAGGAAGUCACCCAAAAAAAUGGCCCAAAAUUAAUAGGAAGUGACCCACGAGUGCCUAGAGACAUAUAGGAAGUGACUUGGAAAUGGGCCUAAAUAAGCAGGAAGUGACUUGGAAAUGGUUGUAAUUCGACAGGAAGUGACCCAAAAUAGAAAGUGACCUGUAAAUGCCUAAAGACCCAACACAAAGUGACGUGGCAACACUCCUAAAUCAGCAGGCAGUGACUGGGAAAUGCUGCAAAAUCAACAGGAAGUGACACAAAAAUGGCCCAAAAUGAAUAGGAUGUAACUGAAAAUCUAUAGGAUGUGACCCCAAAAAUGCUCCAAAAUCAACAGGGAGUGACUCCAAAAUGAAUAAGAAGUGAUUUGGAAAUGGUUUGAAAUCAACAGGAAGCAACCAAAAAGACCGCAGCGGCUGCCGGCGCCCUUCUCCUAGGGCCCUUGGGGCCGGGGCUUGUUGUCCCCUGCCGGUGGGGUGGAUAACCCCUGGUCUCCGGCACUCGGUGUGGCGCCUAUCUGAGGUGCGGGGUGGGUGCUUGGGCAGAUGAGUGUGCGGACGCGGGGACUGUCUGGGGCGGGGGUUGAUCCAGACGCUUCCCCCGCCCUGUGGCCGGUGGUUCUUGUCUGCGGGAGCCUGCCUCUUAAUUCAUGCACUCCUCAUAUCUUUCACCCUGUCACCUACAUACUCAUUCAUGCCUCUGGGGAGAGUUGGAAUGGGGCCAUACAGUCCCAGCCCGGCUCCCCCUUGAUUUUAAUGUAUCACACACCAACGUUAUGGGAUGGAUGUGACCUGCGGGGGGGGGGGGGUGACAUCACAGUUACCUCGUCACGGCAGGCCCUGCCAUUUCCGCACCACACACAUCAUACUCCACGGAGGAGCUC